AUGCUUGAAAUCCCUGGUGAAGGCGACUAUGUCGGGAUUGAUGCGGAAUUCAUCAACGUUGGCAAUGAACAUGGACGGAAGUCAGUAGGAAGAGUUAGCUGCGUCAAUUCAACAGGUGAACAAAUCCUUAUUGAUGACUACGUGGUCACCUGUGAAGGCGAUGUUGUUGAUGAUUAUCUUACUCAAUACAGUGGAAUAAUGGAGGACGACCUUGACCCUAACAAGUCAACAAAACAUCUCACAACUUUGAAACGCGUCUACAUGAAAGUAUUACAUCUGAUUGAGAGAGGCUGCAUUUUUGUGGGCCAUGCGCUAGUCAACGACUUCUCUACGCUGAACAUUCAUGUGCCAGCGAAACAGAUGAUUGAUACCGUGGAGUUAUUCCGUGUACCACAGCAACGUCUUUUCUCGUUACAGUUUCUUGCAUGGCAUCUACUUGUGGGGAUCCACGACUCCGUUGAGGAUGCUCGGGUCGCAUUGAAACUUUUCAGGAAGUGGGAGGAACUCAGCAAGGAUGGCACUUUGGAGAGCGUUUUGAACUCGUUAUAUACAACGGGUAAGCAGUUGGGAUGGCGUGUUGACCAUGCUCCUCAAUCGAAAAGCAGCUCCCCGCUUUCAGAAACACGUGCGGCUGGCGCGUCACCGCCUUUAGAGUAA